AUGCAGCCAUUCUGGGAAAAGCUAAGCAAACCGUACUUUGCAGUUGCACCGAUGGUUGGAAAUUCGGAGGAGGCAUGGCGUAUGCUUUCCCGGAGAUACGGCGCAAACAUACUGUACACAGAAAUGGUUCACUGCGAAUCCUUUUUGAGGGGAGCCUGCGAUCCUUGUAGCAAUCAAUGGUACACGACCUCCGAAAGAGAUCGGCCGUUGAUUGUCCAAAUUUCCGGAAACUCUCCACAGAAGAUGCUGGAGGCAGCAUUGAUUAUCCAAAGCCAGUGCGAUGCAAUUGAUGUGAAUUUUGGAUGCCCACAGAAGGUUGCAAAGAAAGGAAGAUAUGGCGUGUAUCUUCAGGAAGACUGGGAGCUGACUGCAGAGAUCAUAAGGGUUCUGUCGACUAGCUUGAGAGUUCCUGUCACAUGCAAGAUCCGGGUAUUUGAGUGUAUUUCCAAGACUGCUGAAUAUGCGAAAAUGAUCGAGAGUGCAGGAUGCUCGAUGCUGGCGGUUCAUGGAAGAACAAGGGAUCAGAAAGGCGCCAUGAUGGGGCUUGCAAGCUGGGAGCAUAUUAAGGCAGUGAAGCAGUGCUUAAAGAUUCCUGUGCUUUCGAAUGGCAACAUAAUGAGCCAUGAUGAUAUUUUGAGAUGUCUUGAGUACACCGGAUGUGAUGGGGUGAUGGUUGGAGAGGCACAUUUGCACAAUCCGCUUGUUUUCUGCAGAUUAAGGAGCUCGUGCCUGGACAUGAUCAGGGAGUAUAUAGAAAUAUGUAAGGAGUAUCCAAGCAGUGCGGGUAUCAGGCACAUCAAGUCUCAUUUAUUCAAGCUUUUGUCUGUGUACUUCACAGAAAGGCCCGAGAUGAGGCCUGUUCUUGAUGCAUGUGAUAGUCUUGAGAAGGCAAGCGCAUUCUACCUAGGGCUUGUAAACGAAGCAGUUCUAUUGGGGAACGGAAGCGAUGGAUAUGGCAUAUAUGAGAUGAAGCCAGAGCCUGUGGAUUCGACAUGUAGCAUUAUGCAUGCAAACUGGAGCUAUAGUUUAUAA